UUCUCCAUUUUUAGGGCCCUCGAACUUGCCUACAUUUUUCUACUAGUCUGGUACUACUGUACACUCACCAUUCGUGAAUCGAUACUCAAAGUAAAUGGAUCACGCAUUAAAGGCUGGUGGCGAGCGCAUCACUUUAUCUCAACGGCAGCCGCUGGUGUAUUGCUUGUGUGGCCGCAGGGCGAGCAUUGGCAGCUAUUCCGCACGCAAUUCAUGUACUUCAAUGUCUAUAUAAACCUUGUGCAGUAUUUGCAAUUUGGGUACCAAAAGGGUUUGCUCUAUCGACUGAAGGCGCUCGGCGAACGUCACAACAUGGAUAUCACCAUUGAAGGCUUCCAUUCGUGGAUGUGGCGUGGUUUGAGUUUUCUGCUACCAUUCCUAUUCGGCGGCUAUACAUUCCAAGCAUACAACGCCUGGACCCUUUACAAGUUGACAACGGAACCGCCAGGAGCGCCAUGGCAUGUAUCUGUGUUGUGCGGCUUGUUCCUUCUGCUCUUCAGCGGCAAUAUUAUCACCACAUUAUUGGUCGUGCCCGAGAAGAUACGUGAACGUGCCAAGGAACGCUAUCGUCUACAGUCCAUGGGCACCUCAAUGAAAUUGCGCAAAAUGAUGAGGAAUAGCAUCAGUGAAUUGGACAUUUCCAGCCAACAAUUGCUAGCCAAUAAUAAACAAGAAAACUCUACCUCCAUUCAUGCCAUCGGCGAUGCUGUUGAAACAACAACAGCUUUAGCAACAACAAAAACGACGUCAAUUACUGCUAAUGCAAACCCACCAGCAGAUGGCGAUGUUCAUCUACAAAACCAAAUAAAGGAAAUUGAGCAACAUGAACAACAGGAGGUGGAGACAAAACCAGAAGAUAAGAAGACAAAUUAAAUGGGCCAGUGGGAUACAUAUGUCACCGUGAGGAAAGGACGAAAAACUAAUGGAGAGUGAAGCAGAGUAUGCCGCUUUGCAAUUACUCUGAGUCUGAUAUUCUCAAGUUUUAUGCAGUACAUGUAGAAAAACAAGCAACAUACAAAAAAAUAAAAAAUAAAA